GAAUGCACGUUUACACGCAUUUAACCUGCAAUUGCUACACACUUGCUACCGUUAUUUAUUAAACAUGAUGUAUCCCAUAGACUGUAAUUUUAUGCUCAGUAUGCAUACAGGCUUGUAAUUAUAUAUUUCUAUGUGGUAGAAUGAUGGUCUGAUGAUCUGAACAAUUUUGUUCUGUUUUGGAAAGUGAAUUUUCAGCGGAGUUAUCUUCAUACGAGUUCAUUUCACAUGUAUCUCUCAGGGGAUCAUUACUGCCUGCGUAUAUCCUAGACUCCAGAGAGAGAUCAUUCACAUGGAUUAUAUUCGGAUUUCUUUUUUUCAUUUGGUAGUUGUUUAUUUAUAAAGAGAACUUCAAGCACAACAAGUUCCUCAACUGAACUUGUUUUAUAUAAGAAAGACGUCCUUUUGGGAAAUCGACCAACACCAUGAGUGACCAAAAAAACAACUUUAAUUUAAGUGAAAUUCUUGACUCAAGUUGAUAAUUAAAAAAAGGAAGAAGAAGAAAAGAACAAACCGUUAAGUCUUUUUGUUCCAGAGCAUCAUAUUUUCUGCCUUCUUUAAUACGUACAUUUGUGAAUUACCACUGUAAAAUAUCGUGCAUUUUCAAAGAACUAUUGCUGUCUGAUAUCGUCGGGAAAGAAGACAUCUUGAAGUCUGUUUGUUCCAGAGCAUCAUACUUCUGUAUUCUUAGAUAGGAGUACGUAACUUUGUGAAUUACUACCGGAAAAAAUAGCAUUUUCAAAGAAUUGCUAACUGAUAUCGUUGGGAAAGUGGUCACUGGCACUAUGAUGGAGAAGCUGAAUUUAUAUGAAAGGCUAAAGUUUAGUCGCCAGGCUAUACCUCUGAAUCAACUCAACAGUAAUCAGUUUCCUAUCAUCGUAAAGAUAACCAGUUGUGAAAUCGCUGGUAGUGCAGUGACACGCAAAGAGAUCUUGCGAAUCAACCACGUUGGCUAUGAGCGUCGAGUUUUGGCUGUCGAUUCGUUGCAAAGAAUCUGGAACUUCCCAAUCCACACAGGAAUGAAGUUUGAUAUCAUCGGGAAGACACUGGAAAAUCGCAAGUCCGUAUUCAUGCGGGAGAUCAUAGAAUGUGGGAGUAGCAAACGAGCCAAGAAGAUCCGGUUCUCCGAGUCCCAAGUCGAUACCGCUCAGAUCCACAUCACCGGCCAGGACGAGGAGAAGAAGUUAUCAGACAUGGUCAUUGGAGACUUCAAGAUUAAAGAUGUAACCCAGGUGCGAUACUACGCUGGAAACAGAAUUGUGGAUGAUGAGAUCAGCCCCAAAGUGGUCAUACUUCCCUCGAGCCUUGACAUCCACGUCACCAUGGCAACUGGCUUGGUCGGGAUGCCAGCCUCGGCUAUGAUGACCUACAUGAACCAGCUAUCAAACGAGAUAAAUUCGUGGGUGAACUUUGACAUGUGCCGUGGAAGUUCAGAUAUCCUCUUUUAUACGGGAAUCCCGAAAUCUCUUAAAGGGAAGAAGACACUUAAUGACCUAGCCAAACUUAAUAUCUCGCCUAAAAUCGUCCGAAUCAGUAAAGCUUACCGUAAAAGCCGUGGGCUACCCCGACCGAAGCAGACGACAUCAGCAGGGGAUGGUGGUAAUAUCUCUGGCUCUGCCAUGGCAAACAUGAUGGCCUCCUCGAGAGGUGAAAGCUUUAAAAACAGCGAAGCGAAGAGUAAGAACGCCUUGCAGUGGCUUCGAACAGUCGACACUUCUCAUGGGACGGCGUCGGCGACGAGUGUGAUCACCGGAGACGAGGAUAUGAGUGAGGAAGAACGGCAGGCGAUGAUUCGGGCACGAAGAAGGCUGCUGAUGAGCUUAGACGAUUAUGGAUACGGAAGCGAGCAAGACACGCCGGAAAGUCGCAGUGGUGAUCAUCAUGUCAACGGUGACGAUGAUCAAAAGGAGGACGAAAAUGGCGGUGAUCAUGAUCAUGAUAUCGGCAACAACGUGAGCGAAGCAACGGAGAGCGGAGUGGAUGUCGAGUCCCGGGAAGAUGUGUCCGUGGCAUCGAGCUCGUCGAAAAUCGAUGUCCCUGUCGUAGUGGAGCAAGCGGACGGAAGUCAUCGAGUUGUAACACGACGCGAGCGUUCCACGAGAAGAAAGUCUACCCGCCGGUUUGGCGGAUACUUUAAACCCUCCAUGGAUUUGAUAGACGGUUAUUCCAGUGCUCAUGGAAAGCAAGACACAGAGGAGCCUGUCCUCCGCCAAAGCAGCAACGUUCCUUUCGAAAUGUCCAGUAGUUACUUCUCGCUGUCCAAAAAAUGGAUCGCUAGGGACAGCGGCUCCGAGCAAAGUGAGACGCCGCACGCGAUGACGAAAAGAGAGUCGAACUUCCGGUUUUUCACGUUCUCAAGAUCCAGGAGGCUAGAUGACCAGGAAGGUCCCAAACGAAGGAGUUCAGAUUUUGCAGGAUCUGCUGAUAUCGAGGAUGAAGAGCACCUGUCUUACUUCAUGAGGUUCCUGGAACUACAGGGAGAUCAACCUCACAUAGACUAGACAAACUAAUAAUGUAAAUAUAUCAAUUUAUGGAGAGACCUUUUUAAGAUAAUGAAUUAUUUUUUAAGAAAGACUUUAUUAAAUAUUUCUGCACAAAGCAUAAAAGCAAAUACAAAAUGGGCGAGUAAAAUUACUUGCCAAUAUUAUACUGUACACAAACCGCGAUUUUAAUAAGCUCGAUGCAAUCCAUCAAAAUAUACCAUAAACUUAUUUUGUUACAUGAGCACAGUCUGUUAAUAAAUUUUUAUCUCAGAUAUGGAAAAUGAACAAUUUACAUGAUAAAUAAGUAGCUCGUAAAUGCCUUAAAUGACUAUUGGUAAAAGUAAAAUCAUAGAGCGUACCUCUGAAAAUGAAAUUACCCAUGGUGUAACAAUGGAGAAGUGAAUUUAUUUGUCAUUAUUUAGAGCCAUGCUCCGUUUUCCUUUUUUUUUAUUGCUUGUUUUUUCUAACUUGAAAACUGAUUUGAGUUCCCUUUGCACUCAAAAUAAACAUUUUGUCAAUAUCAUUAGCCUAUUAACAUUAUCAAAAACUUACAAAAUAUAUUACGUCAACGGUAUGAUUGCGAAUUGAAGUAUAUUUUAUGUGCUGUAUAAAAAUUUCCAUGGCAUUGAUCAAAGCAGAGUCAGGCAAUCCCCCCUCCCUCCUUGACAGAGUGAAAUAAUUCAUUUCCAUACGCUUUUAUUUUGAACAGUUAUUUUUGUUUGUUAUAGUUUGUUUAUUUUUUGUGUGCCUUUCCUAAGAUUUUUGUUCUUAUGAGCGGCUGGUCCGCUUUAUAUAUUCUGUUCAAGCUAUGAGUUUGUUUAUGAUAAUGCAAUAUUUUAGGCGACUGGGUCGUCACAUAGAGUUUAUCAAAAUUCACGAGAAAAUAAAAUGCUUUGUGAAUAGCA